AGACUGGAACUCAUUUCAGAUACUUCUGCAACAGAGUAUGAGCUGCUGAUAUUUGGAUGAUUGUGAGAGGUAGAUGUUGACUUCCUUCCAGCAUGGAACCAAGGACCAUGUUCUUCUUGAAAACUGGACUUCUGCUGAUGAUUGCUGUGCAACUUCUGCCACCAGUGAAUGGCUGCAACAAAGGACUCUAUGAAGAGCUGAUCACUGAGCUUUGCUUGGUAAAGUUCAAAUUUGACAUGCGAUCUGUGGACAUGAGGCUGUGGUGCAGCUGGCCAGACACCACUAAGAUCUACGAAGAGUUGACCAAUUGCACCUUCCAGAUCGCUUUAAGGAUGGACUGUGUGUGGCCCGGACAGAUAGUGGACCGCUUCUUCAUCCAGAUCCAUGAGCACUACUUCCAUGACUGCCCACUGACGGGUCGACUCUUACAUGACCCCCCCAUUGGAGUCCUUGCACCAUUUAUUGCAGUACCGGUGCUAGUCACGUUACUCAUGACUGCCCUGGUGGUGUGGAGGAGUAAACGCACCGAAGGAGUGCUGUAAUCUUGAAGAUCUGUGAAUAGAUUUAUUUAGUUGAGUUAAAGUAUCGCCCCUCACAUAUGAAGAAGCACUUUCACAUGUGGCCAGUCAGCAGCUACAGUAUAUUGGUUGUGAUUUUUUUUUUUAAUCCUUUGAGAAGAAUGUAUUUAGACAAAAAACACUCACUUGCAUUUCUGUCCUUGUGGAGACAUUGUGUGACACACACACGCACAUGCACACACAAGCACACAAAAUUGGUGGGUUUGUUGCAGGGAGCAAAUAAAUGAAAAUGAUACAGUAUGUUACAUAAUCACAAAAAAUGUGAUUCUAAAGUUAAAAAAAAGGCUUUGAGUUUUGACGUGACAAAAAAAUCACCAGAGCUGAAACCUGAAGCACAGAUUUGUCUGCAACCAGGACAGUCAUAGUGGUGAACUGUUCAUUUUACAUUCAACCAGCCCACACACGGUUUAAUAGUGAGCUACAGUGACAUGAGUAAUUUCACUAUAAUUAUAAUAUAUUUCCUUCUUUUUUUUUACCUUGCCAC